AUGGUUACUGUGUUCAGAGAGGUGACGAUAUGUGCUCACAUCUGCACAGCUGGUCAGAAUAACUUCAAGCUGAAGUCUGUCAGAGGAAUUGUGACCCAUCUCUGCCCCGACUAUGGCUGGAUUAAUGACACCAUCUUCUUUAAUCCUGAUAUGGUGUGUGGAAAUGUUCCAGUGAAUGUUGGAAUGAGUGUCAUUGCUCUUGUAGAAGAGGAUGAAACAACUCACGCAGUGAAAACCAUCAAAGUGAAAGCCAUGUCUGAUCCUAUCUAUGGUAUUGAACCAUCAGAAUUUGACAAAAGACUUUGCAUUAAGUGUGUGAGCUAUGCAACACAGGACAACAUCUUCAUAAGCAAGGAAACAUUUUUCCCCAUGCAACUACUUUCUGGAGGAUUUUUGCCCUUUAAAGGGGACUUGUUGCUGGUUGAGUAUUCCUUGAAGCCAGGCACUUCAAACAUCACUAUACACACUGUGAGCCUGCUAAACUCCCAGAAUAUGGAUGAGGUCUGUGUGACCAGUAUUGAUGGAAGAACUGGUGUGGUAGACGACAUCAUCUUUUUCACCUUGGACUCGCUCCAGAAGCCGAAUGGCUAUACUCCAGGGCUGUACGACAUUGUGAAUAUUGUUGCUGUGGAUAGCAUUCAGCCACACUGUUCUUGGAGAGCAGUAUCAAUGGUCCCAGUGGAAAUGUGUAUUGAUCAGGCCUAGUAAUUAAUUUUCAAUAUUACUUCUAAGGCUCUGGUUAAUAAAACGA